GGUCCAUCACUACUGAGACAUGAUCAUCUUGAGGUGAGAGAGAGAUAUUGCUGGAUGAUGCUUAUAUUAUUCAAACCUUGGACCACAAUCAAUGAUUUGUGUGGCAUGUUUGAGACGUGGUUGGCUGCCUUUGAAAAUUUCAGUAUGGAUUGUCUGCUGAACAAAAUUUUCAUUAUGAAACACAUGCAAAUCUUACAUGAAUGCAAAGAUAGCAGAGAUGACCAUUUUACAAAUUGUCAUCAGUGUUCUUCCAAUUGA